AUGGCGCCGUCCAUUGCGCUCGACAACACGCCCGAUUUCCAGUACACACCAGGCAAAACUCUCCUACUUUCUCCACCGUCAUUAUCUUCACAGCCAGAUAAACUCAACGCAGCCCUUCUUUCUUGUGGCCGAAAUGCGACCGAUUUGCAAAUGCUCGAUCGCUUGGCACUUGGCCUUGUGUCUUUGCCGGGUUUGACUUACGACAGUAUCAUCAUCUUGGCUGAUUCCAACGACACAUUUACUGAAAGCCUAAAGAUCCUUGGGCGGGAACUUUUUGCAAAUAUUGUUCAAUCACUAAAACCAGGGGGGUAUCUACGCAGCCAAGGGGGGACGCCUGGGUUGUUUGACAGUCUUUACCAAUCGGAAGCAAUAUUGGCUGGGUUGGUAAGCGACAGUGAGAGAGGUUUCCAGAAGCCGAGUUCUGGACAACAGCAGGCUAUACCGCUGCAGCUUGGGAGGAAGAAAAAAGACCGUGGGAAAUUGGCGAAUAGUUUCAAGGCCACUCAAGAGUCAAAAUUUGAAACUACAAUUGAGGGAAACAAGCCCGACAUUAUCGAAAAACCCGCUGGCGUUGGCUUUAUUGAUUUUGGUGAUGAUUUGGACCCGGAAUCUGUUCAAGAUAACAAUGCAUGCUCAGACGAGUUUAUUGAUGAAGAUACCCUCCUUGGUGAUAAUGAUCUUGGCCGUCCCAUCGUCCAGCCACCCGAAUGUCGUCCCAAGGCCGGGAAACGUCGGCGAGCUUGCAAAGACUGUACAUGCGGCCUCUCACGGAAAAUUGAAGAUGAAGAUGCUGGGAAAAGGGCGAAUGCUGACAAGGCACUAGACUCCAUGAAAUUGGAUGGCGAUGAUCUAGCUGAGGUCGAUUUCACUGUGCAAGGUAAAUUGGGAAGCUGUGGAAGCUGUGCACUAGGAGACGCAUUUCGCUGCGAAGGCUGUCCUUAUAUUGGUCUCCCCGCCUUUAAGCCGGGCGAAGAAGUCAGGCUAUUAAAUAAUGAUGUCCAGCUCUAA